AGUUGCCCGAGGUUUCCAACUCUCGUAAAGAUUUUAAUUUUCACCGCGUUUUCUCCUUUUCAAUUUUUUCAAGUGCUCCAUAAUAUUUGAGUUUUACUUCUCGUCGUUAGACAUGAAACAAUUCACACCGCAUUGAUUCUCCGUGAUUUUACAUCAAUUAUCACCGGUUUCACAUGCGAAUUGUUACUGAUUCUUACGGAGGGAGUAAUCAGUAAUUUUGAAUGUGGACAACCUCUAUUACUUAUCAAGCCGGGGAUUCUUCGAUCAUAUUAUUUCUUUUUGUCGGUGUGUCGUCAUAUGAUGUAAUUAAUUGGUGGAUUGAUCACUCUGGAACCUUUGGAGUGGAUUUCCGUAAACAAAAAUUGAGGUUAAGUCUUCAGAAAUUAUUCGAAUCAAAACAUCUACAAGAAUGUUGAGUGUCUCGAGAUUAAGCAGCAGGGGAAUUCCAAGGGUUCCACUGACAAAUCUAUCUCUCUUGCCUCAAAGAACAUUUUACGGUCCACUUAAAAAAAGGCCGAAUGACUUUCUCAGGAUUUUACGUGAGACUACAGAAAAAUGGAGAUCCCCUUCGGGUCUGACGACCCAGUCUGGGGCGAUAACUUUCAGAUUUGCAUCGGCUGUCAACAAAAAAACUAACAGGCGCGUCGGCACAUGGCUUUUUACGUGCAGUGGAAUGGUCUUUGUUGCUGUAGCACUAGGUGGAAUAACGAGGCUGACAGAGUCUGGGUUGUCCAUGGUAACGUGGAAAUUAUUGGGUGAGAAAAUGCCAGUGUCCGAGGGUCAAUGGGUCGAGGAAUUUGAGAGAUAUAAACAAUAUCCAGAAUAUAAAUUAAUGAACCACACCAUGACCCUAGAAGAGUUCAAAAAAAUCUGGUGGAUGGAAUACGUUCACCGUAUGUGGGGUAGACUGAUAGGGGCAGCAUUUGCACUUCCAGCUGCUUAUUUCUGGUACAAAGGCUAUCUAAAACCCGGAAUGAAGAGCCGAGUUUUAGCCCUGGGAUCAUUGAUUGGUGCCCAGGGUCUGAUGGGCUGGUACAUGGUGAAAUCAGGACUGGAGGACAGGUUUGAGGGACCCUCAGACGUCCCCAGAGUCUCCCAGUAUCGAUUAGCAACUCAUCUGGGUCUAGCUUUUCUGCUGUACGCUGGAUUCUUGUACAAUGCACUCGAUCAUCUGUUGCCUGCCAAACCAAUGCCCCUUGAUUGGUUCGGAAAGAAGAUCUUGACUGAUCAUCACACCAAGGCACUAGUCAACUUCAAGAGAAUGGCUAAUUGGAGCAAAGCUUUUGUCUUUUUCACUGCUAUUUCUGGAGCUUUUGUCGCUGGACUCGAUGCUGGCCUGAUUUAUAACGAAUUCCCUAGGAUGGGCAAGAGAUUCAUUCCGAAUGAACUGCUGGAGAUGUCCCCUAUUCUCAAGAACUUCACAGAGAAUCCAACUACAGUUCAAUUUGAUCAUAGAAUACUCGGUAUAACAACAUUGACAUUGAUCACCAUAAUGGCAGUUAAAUCUCGAAAGGUAAAGCUCCCAGGUCGAGCAUCGACAGCAGCUUUCGUAGUUCUGGGGGCUGGAUAUCUUCAAGUAAUUCUAGGAAUUUCAACUCUUCUUCAUCACGUUCCUGUCAUCUUGGCAGCAUCACAUCAAUCGGGAAGCAUGCUUCUCCUUAGCACAGCAAUUUGGCUCUGUCAUGAGCUCAAACACGUGCGGGCACUCCCCAAGUAAAACUCCAUGUACAUACUAUGUAAAGACGUGUCACUCGAAGUUCAUAAUAAAAACGACGAAUAAACCA